AUGCUUUCAAUGUCUUACAAACAUCUUCCAAACAAUCUGACACAGCAACUGGUCCUGCCAGGACAAAGCUUCCAUCAACUUGCUGGCAAUGUGCUCCGCCGGAAGUACGUGACUGCCAAAACAAACGGAAAAACAUUUCGUUUGCAACUCGAUACGGCCUCCGAUAUUACACUGGUGUCUAAGCGUACUUGGAAGAAAAUUGGCUGCCCAAGGUACACACCAACAACCAACACGGCCAGAAACGCUUCAGAAGGUAAAAUCAACUUACUUGGUGAAUUCGAGUGGGAGAUGGAAAUAACAGGCAAACGAAGUCGCGGAUCAAUCUUUUUCGUCGAUCGUGAAUUGGAUUUGCUUGGUAUCGAUCGGAUCGAUCGCCUGCAGCUUACACGUAUGACAAUCGAUGAGCUAUGUUCAUCCACACCAAACCAAGUUAAAAAAGUGGACAAAUCAGAGGAAGCAGACACGAACACGAUCUUGUCCCUCCAAAACAAGUACGCUGCGGUCUUUACCGAAGGCUUGGGCUGCUGCGCGUAA